UGGGACGUGUUAGUUAAUUAAAGCUAGAAAUUUGUCGGCGACGGAGGCUAUGGGCCGACGUUGCGAGAUAUUACACACUGUUGUGAUGCUGCGCACUCGUUCACCUUUUGACUCUUUAUGCUAUUACAGUUGGCUAAUAAAUGAUGUGACAGUUACUUGAUUUUUAUACCGUUUGAUUAACAUGCCAAAGAAGUAGGUAACACUUUUUCGAGGACAAUUCGCAUUUUGGCAGGUAUACAACCGUCUGACCUUAAAUCGCCGCAGAGUGUUACCAUGAUACCAUUUUGCCCAAUCUAUUAAUCAUAUGAAUACCUAUUUAUACCAUGUUGACAAUAGUAUGAACUGUCGAAGUCAUCAUGUUGAAGGUAAAGCACCUGAGGUCAGGAUAAUUAUGACAGGUCUUAUGAGUCAUCGUAUAAUUCAACACUGCUUAGAAAUCAAAUGGAUUUAAGUUUCGGUUUUCAUAUAUAUAAAUCUUUGCCAGCUUUCCUUACGUGUCAUUAGGUCAGCUAUUGAGUGGGGUACAUCGCAUGUGGCAUGAUUAUGCUUGAGUACGACAAUCCAAUUGUUGUUCUAUGACUAAAGUGAUGUAAACGCAUAUUUUAGGUAAUCUCCUGCGCGUUUCUUAAUCCGACCGCUGCAAAACAUCUCUUGUAUUUUUAUACGCCAUAUAUAAGUUGUCGCAAAUUAGCCAACUUAUACCUAUCCAGUGUUAUGAAGUUGUUCGGACAACAAACUUGAUUUAAAUAAUACUGAAUUUCUUUUCAUUGAAUGGGUACAACCGGCUCAUUAUCGAUAUAACUGACUUUUCCAAUAGUGGUGAGUCAUCCAUCAAUUUUCUUGUUGCGGCUGCUGCUGCUGCUGCUACCUGUCGCACUAUCAGAUAUCGCGGCGCCGUUCAAACGAAGCUUAUCUGGAUUUCUAUUUUAAACCCAAAGCGGAAUACAUUUUAAAAUUUUUCAUAAUAAUAAGGUUAUGUUUGUUAGCAGAUUUGGCAAUCUUGCUGCCUUUUUUUUUUGUAAAAGCAGCGUGAUCUAUAGCUAACUUCUUUACCAAGCAAGUAAGUUAUUGCGUUCAAAUGAACCUUAGACAAUUUGAAUACGUUCUAAGAAUACCAUUGCAACUCUAACAUGUAGAAUUUAUUCAAAAUAAUAUACCCAUUAAAAACAAGACUAGUAAUGUACAUUGUAUUGCACAAAAGGACCUGGUACAGGCCACGAAAUCGAUACGUUAAGACAUUUUCCGUUAGCACUUUGUUUUUAGGUUAAAGUUACUGUUUCAGAUACUCGCAUUCAGUCGAAACAAUCUUAUACAUAACUCUUUUCGACAUGAGACAAUACCUAGUUUUGGCUUUCACAGCUAAUGGAAGCAUAUGCGAUACUGAAUGUGAUAUCAUUAUUAAUCGCAUUUUAAUCCGUUAGACUGAUACUAGACCGGAUAAUGAGCAAUGUGAUAGGCCGCGUCCACUUAUUCGCGUAUGGGUAUCACGUGAAAAAAGGAUACAUGUUAUAUGUUGAAAGGACAACUUUGAUAUACUUUAUUUGAUCGUUAAUCAUUGCGAUUUCUUUAAUAACCUCCUCUAUUUAUGGAGAUUAUGUAAUAUGCUUUAUUUUUUAUUCUAAUCGUGCGUUCUUUUACGUAUACACGUUUAUAUAGAACGAGGCUGAAAAGAAGCUGCUAAGUGUAUUUCGGAUCUGGAAACCAAAAAGGCAUUAGCGCUACUCAUUUACGUGGUCGACCAUCAUGGAGCCGUAGCAAGCGAUGGUCGAAUUUGUUAGUGGAGAUAUCUGACUUACCACAUAAGCAACUGUACAUACUUGUGCAAUAUAACUUCAAUACGAAACAUUAUAAUAAGCGCUAUACUUUGAGUAGUUAAACCAAAUUAGGAUCGGUUUACCGCUUAUGGGAUUACGGAGAAGUAAUCACAUUUGUAUUAUGUUUUGAUCAGUCAUCUUAGAUUGAUCGUGGGUAGAGUAUACUGUCUAUAUCGCCCAUCUGAGAACCAUCAGUCAAGCAAGAGCGUUUUACACAGUUGUUUAGCUUCAUUAUCAUUUUGUCUAAACUUGUCCUGUCGAUAUAACUAGAACCAGAUGCCUCACUUUUAGUCUGGCAGUUCCUAUAGUAUGCAUAAGAUGAACACGUCUAGUUAACUAGCUGAAGUAUUAGCAAAUGCCGAAAAGACACAUUCUAUGGACUUACUUUUUCCCGCCUUACAGUUUUAUGUAACCAUAGAAGUUAUUUUUUUCCUGACAAAAUGGUAGGAAUUGUUGUGUUCGCACAUUCCUUGCUAUUUAACUUCAAUGUCUUACAAGACAGUGUCAGGGCGUCCGGUGGAGUUUAAUUAUUUUAUUUCGAAAUAAAUAAGCUUAAUUGUGUUUUCGAUUCCUGUCUGCUACCUACUCGUUCUGACAUUUGGAUUGAGCAUUCACAUUCUAUACCGUAGGUUGCCAUAUAGCAAUCAAAUACGAUUUUCGCAUGUCCCAGUAUGAUGUAUCGUAUGCCUACUAACCGGCCUCAGCUGUGAUUAUUUGGCCUGUGUAGGAAUCGAGUUUGCCUACCUAUUAAACACGCGAACCCAGUGCGCCGACGCACAUGCAUUCAUAAAAUGAUAUACUCUAUAGCAGGCUUCCUAAGUUCAAGUUGAUUCGAAUGUUGAGCAAGAAACAUGGGUGGCGUUAUCUGACUACCAUUCGCUCUCUGAAUUUUGAAACGUUACCUUUUUAUAAUACCGCUAAACGUACUAAAGUAGUAUUACAAAACGUUUUAACUGCGGCGGUGGUAGAUAUAGCUUAAGAGUUCGUGGGAAACUGACUGAUGAAAGUUUACGAAUGAAAAUAUAAAAUGUACUCAUUGUGUUGUUUUCAGUGAACAAUGCCUUAGUGCUCGUUUCGUUAUACGGGGCACGAUUAUUAACAGCGUUGAUUAGCUGAUAUAUGUUGAAGACUGAUCCUGUUGUUAAACGAACGUGUAAUUGGUUCGGGAAAAAACAAACCUAUUUUGUCGAACUGUUCAGUUAAAAGAAGUUAGCUUUAAACGUCCACUGAAGCGCUAUGAAUUAGCGUAUGCUCCAGUCAAAGUUUAACAUUAAUUCAUUCGAUUAGGUUUUCUCAAACGCUACAAAUUGGCGAAAAUAUCAAUAGUCCGGAUUAACUAAAUGCGACGUGUUGCUGAUUGCGCCUUCACAAGAGCGUGGUAGAAACCGCAACAGGAUCAGACAGGAUUGCGGAAGCUGUCAGCUUUGAAAUGCCGAAAUUAGAAUACGCCGCUAUUUGUCGGGGCUAUACAGUUCUAGUUAGCUACCAGGACGAAAGGGGGACUGAGAAUGCGGAACGAUACCUGACAGACUUCUUGUGUACGUUUAGCACCGAAACUGACAUAAAGGCGUCGUUUUAUGGCGGUAGCUUCAAGUUCCAUCUUGAGGUUCAAUCAGGGGUGGUGUUUGCCUGCGGAGCCAUCCCAGAAGCGGGGGUACGAUUACCAUUCCUGUUUUUAACUGAAUUGUCCAAAAGGUUCAACCUCACAUCGCUUCCCUCACGAGCAUACAACGCAGAAGAGCAUGAAUUCGAUCGGGAAUUCAAAUUCGUUAUAAAGGAUAUAUUGGACAAGUUCAACUCUGGUAAUUCCGGCGACCCACAGCAGGUCAUACAGGGACAGCUUCAUUCUGUGGAGAGUAUUAUGCACCAAAACAUCGCGAAAACUCUAAAGAGAGGAGCCCAACUUGAAGACAUUGUCGCUCAAACAGAGGCACUUGAAAAUCAGAGUUUGACGUUCCGCACUCAUACGGUCCGUGUGCGACGCGCUAUGUGGCUUCAAAAUGUUAGGCUAUGGAUUAUAAUCGGAGCUAUAGCACUGGUCGUUAUCGUUCUGCUUGGUCUCUGGAUCGACGGAAAAAUCUAAGCACCCAGAUCCACAGGCGGAUUUAUCAUAAGCAUACACACAUCGGAAACAGUAAUACCUGCUCUUUUUUUGCUUCACCCACAAAAGUCAAAUAGCUCCCCCUCACUGCCAGACCCUUCAAUCCACAAUUUUGACGCUUGCCACACCUAAUCCGCAUCAUCAUAUAGGACUGUGCAUGAACAAAAGUACGAACCUUGUGACGUAAACCUCUUACAUAUACAUGUAUUUUUAUAUAGUUCUUCUGUACUGCGCCUACAUUGGUUUACCAAUUCAAGAGCUAAGAGACAUUGCAUUGUGAUUUGGUGUAAGACAUUUCAAAAACUAAAAUUGAGCUUUCCCUACAAACUAGAAGUACAAUCAGUCGUUAACUACACAUAGGCCGGACAAAGAGAUAUAGAGGCAAAUCCCAGCCAGCGACAAACAAUACCUAAUUAUACAUCCUAAAACAGGGGAAUCAUGAAAGCAAUAUAAAAAUAUGCUAAGUGACAAAACCGAAGUAUAGAAAAAAA